AUGCCACGUGGAAGAGAUGCCAGCAACAGCUGUUGCCUCCCACUUCACCUGAAUGAAGACAAUGCCCGUUUCGGCUUGUUGGCAGCCCUCAUCCUGCUCUACCUGCUGUGUGGCGCGGUGGUGUUCUCCGCACUCGAGCAUCCCUCUGAAGUGCAGGCUCACCAGCGCUGGGAGGAACAGCUGGCCAACUUCACAGAGCAAAACAGUGUUCAUCUCAAAUCACUGCAGGUCCUGCUCAGACAAUAUGAGGAGGCAUUUGCAGCUGGGAUCCGGGUGGACAAACUUAGGGCCCGCUGGGAUUUCUCAGGCGCCUUCUACUUUGUUGGCACAGUGAUUUCCACUAUAGGUUUUGGCAUGACCACUCCUGUCACCGUUGCAGGUAAGAUCUUUCUGAUAUUCUACGGACUCCUCGGCUGUGCAGCAACAAUCCUUUUCUUCAACCUGUUUCUGGAGCGCAUCAUUACGAUGCUGGCCUACAUUAUGCGCUGGUGUCAUGAGCGCCAGCUUCGGCGCUCUGGCGUGGGAGGAGAGGAGGCCAGAAGUGAGGACGACAGUCUAGAGGGCUGGAAACCUUCGGUCUACUACGUGAUGCUCAUUCUGGGUAUCGCCGCCCUGCUGAUCGCAUGUAGUGCAUCUGCUUUGUACUCUGCCAUGGAGGGCUGGGACUACUUUGAGUCCUUGUACUUCUGCUUUGUGGCCUUCAGCACUAUUGGCUUUGGGGAUGUAGUAAGCAGCCAGCGGGAAAACUAUAAAGCUCAGGAGGCCUACCGUUUCGGCAACUGCCUCUUCAUCCUGAUGGGUGUGUGUUGCAUUUAUUCCCUGUUCAAUGUCAUUUCCAUCAUUAUCAAGCAGACGCUCAAUUGGAUCCUCGGCAAGCUGGAUUGCAGUAGGACCCAGUGUCCCUGUCGUGGUCGUCCAUACAGGAGGCGAGGUCGGGCCUGCGGUUGCUGCUGUUUUCCACGUAUUCCCAACCAGCGCCACAACCACCAUCCUCCAGCAGGAAAUUCCCGACAGAGGGCACAAAAACGUAACGCCGUGCACCCUGCCCCGGCGAAUGAAGCGUCAGGAAAGCGCUUCACUAAUGCAUCAGUGGAAACAGUUUGUGAUAGUGAGACUGAUGCUGGCUUAGGACCAGAUGGAGGUUAUCUGACAGGGCGCAGACUGUCUGGAGAAAUGAUCUCAGUCAAUGACUUUAUGGCCAACAAGGUUUCUCUGGCCAUUCUGCAGAAGCAACUCUCAGAGACCGCUCACGGUAAUCCAAGACAGAGCCAUGUUCGCCAGAAUGGCUUCUCUGGUGGAGUGGGAGCUUUUGCUAUCAUGAAUAACCGCCUUCAGGAGACCAGCGUGGACAGGUAG